AGUGGAUAUUGGAUGCUUUACUGAAUGCCCAAAAUUCACUUCAAUUUAUAGCUUACUUGUAGAAGAAGUUAUGUGAGGAAAACAAGCUUAAAAAUAAAAUUAAAAUAACAUCAUGUCGCUAAUUACCAAUGAACUGCAAGAUGUUAAAAGCCACUGUGAAGAUCAAAUAGAAGGGAGUAAAGUUAUUACCUGUGUUCCAUCCAUGGUCAGAGUGGAGAUCAAGCGGACAAAAUUCAAGCAGUUAACAGCAUGCAUUCAGUUCCCAGACAACUACCCUGAACAGCCUCUGAUUAUAGAAUUCAAGAGUAAAACACUUGCAGCCAGGUUAUUAGAUGGUCUAUGUAAAGUAUGUGAAAAGGAGUGUAAAAAGUACCUUGGAAAACCCCAGAUUCUUAGGCUUUUAAAAUUUGUCAGCAGCUUCAUAGAUGAAAACCCUCUGUGCGUUUGCAGUGAAGAAAUUGCUUCUAUCAAGAAAGAGUUAAUAAGUGAAAAUGAUGAUCUGAAAUUAAAACAAAAAACAUCUUCUCUUUAUCUUCAAAUAACCCAGGAGGCUUACAGAAUAGUUGUGAAAAUUACUGUUCCUCACCACUAUCCUGAAGAACAGAUACGGGUUGAAUUAAAAGAAUCCAACUUUCCAGACCUUUUUACCAAAUUUUUUUGUGGACAGUCUUUAGAAAUUUCCAGACAGUGCAUUCAACCACCACUAAAAAGAAAACCCAAGGAUCCUCCAUUCGAACCUAAGCCAGCUCUCUGGCCUAUAAUACGUUUUCUCAUUAAGGAAGUUAAGAGAUUCCCCCACGAAAAAUGUCCUGUGUGUAAGGAAAGAUGCCUACCCUCAGACCCCAAGGAGGUAACUGAAGAUCCCAAUAACCCAAAAUUUGUUGAGCGGGUAUACUGUGGUCACAUCUAUCAUUAUGACUGUCUUCUCUCAUACUUAAAAACCCCACCUUUUCAAGGUGGCAAGAAGUGCCCUAACUGUGGAAACAGAAUCUAUCACGACAGAUGGAAGUUGACUCCCAAUAUGGCUGAGGCUCGAUGGGCACAUCAAGAAGCCAGGCAUCGGGAGCUGGAAGAGUAUGACCCUCAAAUUGCCAUGUGGAUGUUUCCUGUCUUACUUGUGAAAUGGCACUGUAUAUCAACCUGUAGUUCCUGUUUCUCAUGUGAUGUCACCUUGGUAUUAUUAGUAUCCUUGACUUACAGUUUAUUUGUGACAGUGAAUAAGUAUUUAGACAAUAUAAAAAACUGCUAGUAAAGGAUACUCACUGAUGUUUUCAUUUCUUAUACUUUUAUUUCUAGCUGUUGACCAACCAUUAAGUAAUACCCCUUUUUUAUUUCUCUUUGAUAAGGUUAAAGCUCACAGCCAGUUAACAUUGAGAUUGUCUAUAUGAAAAGUACAUUUAAGCAGUUUCAUUUUUAAAAGUAGAAUUUUUUUAACCCAUUUUUUAUUAUUGAACAAAUAAUUUAAGGUAAUAAUUAAUAAGAUUUAUCUUAAAUUAGUUCUUGUAAAGGAAAAGUGUGUAUAUGUGUCAAAUUUUUUCAGUGUUGAGCUUUUAUGAGUUUCACAAUAAUGUGAUGAAGACUAAAUAUUUCCAAAUAUUUUUAGGCUUCCUGUAGUUACUGAUUUCAGAACAGUUAUUGAUAGGUACCAUUUUUGAGUACAAAUCAAAACCAGUAUCCAAGUUUCUUUUCGUUCAGUUGGAAACUGUUGAGAAGUAGAACUUUUAUCAAUAUCAAGCUUUGUUGAUUCCACAAAUGGAAAAGGGAGUUUGGUAUGAACCCCUAUCUACGUAAGCAGUUAUGAAAGAAAGAGGUGAUCACAUAGGUAUGGUUCAUUUUUAACAUUUGGUUACAACCAUGAAGGUUAAAGAAACUGCAAUAUUAAGUAUUUGGCAGCUCAUGUCAAUGUUGUUUAAAGGGUAUAAAAAUUGUAUUUGUUGUAUCACAACUAUACAGCUAACCACAAGUAGAAUGAGUAAAAGAAAUAAAAGAUUUUGUUGUAUAAUCUGAUGCUACCUUGCCAACAAUUCAUAAUCUUUAGGUAAAGCAAUUUUUUACAUAGUCUAGCUUAUUUUGUUUCAUUUCUCAUGCUUUAGUGUAUGCUUGAUUACCAAAGUACAAACAUUUUUAAAUAAUUGAUUUUCAUACAUAUAUUUGGAACUGGUGCACCGUUUAAAUAUUUGCAUCUUAAUCCUAAAUGCUCUUGAAUGAGUAUUACCAUUUUACACUUUGAGAAAUGCUACAUUUGAUGCAUACUAUAUGUAUUUUUACACACAAAUAGCUACGUAGAUGGGUAUAUACCCACAUAUACAACAUUGGACAGAAGACAAAGUUGAGCAAGAAAAAACACGUUUUUGUCAUGAAAUCUUACAGGAAUGUGAACCACCAUUAAUAAAACAUUACCAUUCACUCUAUGUUAUGCCUACAUAGUUUUAUUUUUAUAAUAAAAACAAUAUAAUUAUAACCAACUAUUGUGCAGAUGAAGAUAUAUGGGAGGAAAGGAAAACAAAAGGGACAGAUAGGGAUGGGAAUGAAAAACAUAAGGAGGUUAUAAGUAAUUAUUUAGUAUAGCACAUGAAUAGGAUAGCCUGUGGUGUAAAUACAGAGAAAGGAAUUAGAUUAUGCUGACAGAGCAAGCAAUAUAGUAAAGGUCACUAACAGUGAUGUAGUCUUUGUGGUGCCUCUAGGGUCUAAUGAUGUAGGGAAGGGUAAGUUAGAGGAGCUUAUUGUUAAGUACAAGGCAUAUAAAGAAAAGAGCCAUAGUAACUUAAUUUUGUCAGGGAUACUGCCAACACUUAAGUGUACAGACUAGAUUCUAAGUAGGUUAUUAGGGUUGAAUGUUAGGCUUACUUUAUUAUGUAAGGAUGAGCAGAUUGGACUUUGGACUUGUGGGAU